AUGUCUUCUUUCACCGAUCUCUACUCCGUGAAGCCCUUCAAAACUCAAUGGAGAGUUUACGUGAAGAUAUUGAAGGUGUGGAAACAAUAUUUGAAUGGUGUAGAGACGUUGGAAAUGGUUGUUGUUGAUGAGAAGAAUCAAACCAUGCAUGUAACUUUGAAGAAGGAGUUCAUCAAGAAAAAUGAAAAUCUUUUAGAGGAAGGUGCCUCUAGAAUUAUCAAAAAAUUUCAAAUGGCUCAUAACGGUGGUAAGUUCAGGACCAGCCCUCACGUUUACAAAAUCCUUUUCGCAUCAACAUUAUCUGUCAAACCGGCAGAAGAAAUGGAUCCAAGAAUCUUAGGUUUCAAGUUCGUCAAGUUUAGUGAUAUUCACGAAGGCAAAAUGAAUCCAGAUUUCCUGAUUGAUGCUAUUGGACAAAUUGUAAGCAUUGGGGAUGUGGAGAUCUUGAAUGUUGGAAAGAGACAGACAAAGAGGCUUUCUAUGGAGAUCCGUGAUACAAAAAAUGUUCGACUUAAUUCUGUUCUUUGGGGACAAUUCGCUGAAAAUCUUGAAAGUGUGGCUCAACAUGCAAAUGAUGCUGUGAUCGUUGCUGUUUUGCGGUUUGGAAAGUUAAAGCUUUAUCAAGGUGUUUGGAGUGUUGGCAAUUGCUACAACUGUUCAAUGGUCUUUACUGAUCCAGUCUUCCGAGAGAGUUUGGCUUUUAAAGAGAGAUUGCCAAAUGAUGGUUUAACCCUGACCUAUACCCAUCCAAAUCAGUUGACUAUUGUCAAUUCUGUGUCAGUUGUCAAAUGUGUUAUCAUGGCCACAAUCAUGUCUAUUGACACUGAGUUUGGUUGGUAUUACAUGUCAUGCGGAGCCUGUGCUAAAAAGGUUCUCCCUCAUGAUAUGGAUUACUUAAAAGAACUAUAUCCUCGGAAAACAUUUAAGAAACAAUUGUGGCAGUGCAAAAAAUGCAAUGAGAAUGUUGAGAAUGUUUAUCCAUCGUUCAUGUUGACUUUUCGUGUCAUGGAUAAUACUGGUGAAACCAAAUUUCUCUUAUUUGAUCAAGAGGCAAAGGAAGUUGUCAACCAAACUGCUGCUCAGUUAACUCAGUCUGUUAAUGAGAGCACUCCAAGUAUCAAGAUAGAGGAAAAAGCUCACAAUACUCUUGAUGGACAAGUUCCUCUAAUGAUUAUGGAUGAUGAUGAUUCUGAAAUUACACCUGCUUCUAAGCGCAAGAGCAAUGAAAAGAUGGAAGUGAUUAAGGAUACUGAUGAGUUUUCGGCUGCAAAGAAGAAGUGUAAGGAUGAGAAAACUGUUGAGACUAAUUCAAGUAUUCUGCCCCUUAAGACUGUGAAGACAGAGAAGCCAUGA